AUGACAAAGUUACAGGACACUCAGAGGACUAUUGGCGAGUUAAAAGAGCUUUGUGAGCUUUUAUACUCUGCGCCAGAGUCUGAUUUACUGGAACUUUACCCCAAAUUCGAGCUCUUUAAAACUAAGUUAAACGCUUUAUUAUCAACUGUCACGCGGUAUAGAAUACAGUUACACAGUUCCGACAGUGUUUACGGGCCCAAAACGCUGAAAACUGUCGAGGAAGUGGUCUCAGACUAUGAUAAGCUCUAUGAAAUUUACCAAGAGAAUUUACACGACGUUUUCUCCCCUCUGACACAUGUUCACAGGGAGCAGAACUCACCGGAUAAUGAAGAGGAACUGGUGAAAAAAAUUAAUGAGGAGACUAUGAAGAGAAUUGAUGAGGAGACUAUGAAGAGAAUUGAUGAGGAGACAAAAUUGCAGUUGGACCAAAUUGAGUAUAAAAGAAAAUUAAAGCACGAUACAAAUCAGCAGAUAAACUUUGAGACGAUUCGGGAUGAGGAAACUCCGUUGAAGGAUGUGUUGAACGCAGUGUUACGAGUGUAUAGAGAGGACGCGUGUGAUAAUUUGGAGCAGGUCCUGUGUGAUAUUUACUCUGCGCACACUGGCGAAUUUGUGAAAAUUGUCGAAAACAUUACAAAUUUAAUGAAAGAAAUUAGUAAAAGACCGGACGAACUUAGUCUCAGAGUUCUAAGAAUCAAUAACCAAAAGCUAAGAGACGACUUUUUAACACAUUACAACUCUGCCAAAUUAUUAAAGUUCACAGGGUUCAAAGUCACCACCACACAAGAUUUACAACACACUCUCAAAUCACUGGGUAUGAGCUUUGGCGAUGAGUAUUUUUUGUAUUUGCACGAGCCAGAUAUGUUCACUUUGUAUGACAAGUGGCGGGCCUGGCUGGAUAAUAUAAAUCACGUUUCCGACACUCUUGAACGAUUUUUAACCAAAUUUAAAAAAUUACAAAAAUCCACAAACCACCCGAACAUAAUCUCACAAUCUCUCACAUUUUAA